UCUCCGCCCCCAGAGCCGCGGCCGGCGUGCUUUACGGCUUCCCGUCCCCGCGCACGUGUGGCCGCGUCCGAGACGGCGGAAGAGGAGGUGGUCAGCGGCCGCAGCCCCGAUGGCUGGUCCCUUGUGGCGGGCCGCAGCAUUUGUGCAGAGACACCGGACUGGCCUCUUGGUGGGUUCCUGCGCAGGCCUGUUUGGGGCUCAAGUCUCAUACCACCUCUUCCCGGACCCUGUGGUCCGAUGGCUCUACCAGUACUGGCCCCAGGGCCAGCCGGCCGCACUCUCCCCGGAGCUGCGCGGCCUCUUCCAGGAAGUGCUGCACGACCUGGGAGUCCCCUCAGAACACUGCUACAAGCCCUUCAUCACGUUCACCUUCCAGCCUGUGAGUGCUGGCUCCCCAAGACUUCCUGCUGGUGCCGUGGUGGGCAUCCCUGCCACUUUCCUGGGGGGCCUGGUGACCAGCACUGAGCAGCCUGUGGUCGUGCAUGGGCAGAGAGUAGACUGGCAGAGCCCUGCAGGUGCCCGGCUGAGAGACGCUCUGACCUUGUCCCACGACGCCCAGAAGUUUGCCUUGGCCAAGGAGGUGGUGUACCUGGAGAGCAGCGCCGCCGCCCUGCAGGCCCUGCCAGCCCCAGCCUGCCUGGCUGCAACCUGGGCCCUGAGCGUGGGCGCCAAGCAAGCACUGGGGCUCUAUGGAGGGCCCAUGAACCUCCGCGCUGCCUUCAACCUGGUGGCUGCGGUGGCAGGUUUUGUGGCCUACGCCUUCUCCACCGACUCUCUCACCCAUGCCCUGGAAGCCUGGCUGGACCGCCGCGCAGCCUCCCUGUCCACAGCCUACGCCCAGGGUGGGGUGGAAUUCUACGAGAAGAUUCUGUCGGGCAAUCUGGCCGUGCGCAGCGCCCUGGGACCGCAUGGGGAGCAGCUGUACACCCCCAGUGGGAACGUCGUCCCCAGACACUGGUUCCGCAUCAAGCACUUGCCCUACACCACACGCCGGGACUCUGUGCUGCAGGUGUGGAGGGCAACGCUCAAUCCGAGCCACUCCUGAGGGCUUGGUGCUCGGGUGCUUCCGGCUUGGGCAGGCUCCGCCCUGCUGUGCACCCUGCGCGGGUCUUUCAGUGCUGCACCCAUGGGCCCAGAUUAACAGCCUGGCUUCUACCCUGUGAAUGGGGCAGAGUGUGAACCCCCUCGCAGCAUCUUAGGAUUGUGUGAGGCCUGGCACAGAGGGCAUCUGCACAAAUAGGAUGUCCCUCCCUCCUGGUGAGCAGCAGUGGACGUGGGGCUGGGCCACACACCUGCGCCAGCGGUGAUGCCAGCCUAGAAACACUUUGCUAGGGCAGAGAACUGUUUCCCACCACCACCCGGUCUGCUGGGGGCUCAGUUCCCAGUGGUAGAGCUUCAAAGACGAGAAGGGGAGCUGCAAGGCUGGUGGGCACCAGGAGAGCCCCUGGGCUUAAGUGGGGGUCGGGUAUUGCCAGCACCUGGCAGGAGAUCUGGCUGAGGGCAAAGGAAGAACAAACCAUUGCAGGACGGAGACCCUGCUGCUGCUAAGGUGGUGGCCUGGAGAAGAGAGGAGGGUGGUGGAUGGAUCAGGCCUGGUGUUGCAUUUGGGAUCAGCGGCUGGUGCAGUGCGGAGCCCCAGCCUGGCUCCCUGGACGGGACACUCCAGCAGGGCGAGGGGAAGAGAGCUGUAAUCAGCAAGGCAGGCCAGCCUGGUCCUUGUCAUUGGGCAUUGCUUUGUCUGGGAGAGUUUUGAAGAACUCAGGCCUGUCGCAGUGUAACCAGGGCCGGGAAUGGUUAGGCCACACCAGGAAGGGUGCCCUGUGGUGGCACGUGGUUCCUGACACGAGGCAGAGAAGCGGGAGCCAGGCAGGGCUCGGGGAGGGGUGGGGGACGGCCUGCCUUGCUGCGGGGACUGUCACUGGGGCCGGAGCUCAGUGUCUGAGUCCUGCUGUGUGACUUCUGCACACGCUCCCGCUGUUGUCAUGCCAUUCGCCCCGAGGCCUCCCCAGAGCCACGCAGAAGCUAGCACUGUGCUCUUGGACUUCCAGAACUGUGAACCAAAUAAAUCUCUUUGCAAAUUA